ACGUGUAAUGUUAUUUUAUGGCUCGAUCGUGCUCGGGGAUCUGCCAGUAAUGCCUGGUUCGAUAUUCCAGCUUCCGGUGUUUGGCAGCAGACCGCUGGCUGACUGAUUGAACACAGAGCUCUGCUGUGGUAACACUUUUAGGAAGUGAUGAGUGAAGAUUCUCACCCAGCAGACUCACCCACCCCCUGCCAGGACAUACAGGGAGAUGGUCGAUGGAUGUCAUUGCACAAUCGAUUUGUAUCAGACAGUAAAGGAAAAGAGCCUGAUGUUCUGUUUGUUGGAGACUCACUUGUCCAGCUUCUGCACGAGUUUGAGGUUUGGCGAAAACUGUUUUCUCCUCUCCAUGCUCUGAAUUUUGGGGUUAGUGGCGAUGCUACACAGCAUGUAUUGUGGAGACUCAUAAAUGGAGAACUGGACUACAUAAGCCCAAAGGUGGUGGUGUUGUGGGUAGGCACUAAUAAUCAUGGUCACACCCCAGAACAGAUCUGUGGAGGCAUCAUGGCCAUCAUCAAUGUGAUCCAUCAGAAACUGCCCCAUGCUCACACUCUUGUAUUGGGGUUGCUGCCAAGAGGGAAAAAUCCAAACCCUCUUCGUGAGCGUAACGCCAGUGUGAAUGCUCUAGUUCAGGCUGAGGUAGCGUCUCUGUCUCAUGUCUCCUUUCUGGACGUGGACCCUGGGUUCAUUCACUCAGACGGUUCCAUCUUACAUCAGGACAUGUAUGAUUAUCUGCACCUCACGCAGCAGGCCUACCAGAGGGUGUGCCAGCCCUUAUAUGAACGCAUCAAAUCUCUGUUAGAUAAACAGGCUCCCUGAAGGCAAAACAAAAUAUACCAUAAACACCCUUUCCUGCACGUGAACGGAUGUUUCAUCCUUUAUGCUCCACAUUUAGAGCAUUAUUGAGAUAUAAACAUCCUCAGGAAAACUAAUGACUGUUUAAUAGACACAAACGCAUAUAUAUCACAUGCUUUCUGUCAAUAUGCAUUGCUGCUUCCUCGUUACUACAAAUAUAGAUUUUAUUGUUUGUUGAGAACCAGCUUAAAGGCAUAGUUCAUCCAAAAAUAAUAAAGUGUGAUGCCAUUCUUCAUGUAGUUCCAAUCAUUGUAUGAUUCAACUAUUUUUGUCCUCAAAUGCAUUUUCUUUUGUGUUCCAUUGAAUAAAUAGUCACAUAGGUUUAGAAUGACAUGAGGGUGAGUGAACAAAAACAGAAUUUUCUUUUUGGGUGAACUAUCCUUUUAAAUUCGGUCAGAUUCUCUUUACAUAAAAUGGUUAGUACAUUCCAAAGUGUGUACAUAUAUUACAAGACAAAAACUGGUAUUUUCACGAUGACCUCUGAUGAGUAAUAGUUGUUGAAGUGUGCAUAAGCGCUGUGUGCUGCUGUCGUGUUUUGAUUGAUUUCUUGUGAUCCUUGUGUAGGAAACAGCCGCUUUCCCGAAAGCAUGCAGUGUAGCCCUUCAGAUGCUGACAACUGCUUGUUUAUUUGUUGAAAGCAACAAUAUGGGUUAAUUUGUUUCCUCCAUUACUGACUCUCAACAGUACAUGCCCACAGGCUCUUUUCUGAGAAAAGGGUAGGUGCUUUACACAAAGUUACGUACCUUUAAAAUGAUUCCGUCAGAUGUAAUGUUUUUAGAUACGUUGUGAUAAACACUGAUUUAGUGUUUCAGUUAUUUUGAACAGUAUUUUUUGUUAUUUUUGUAAUUUUCUCCCACCUAUAUGUUUACUUUAUAUUUGUAUUGUUAAUUUUGUGUUAUGUUCAGUUCCAGUGUGUGAUAAGCUGUCAGAUCGCAAGACAGCAGGUGAAUUAUAUGAACUUUAUGCACCGGGUAUCUAAAAAAUUUACACUGUGGAUGAAAUCCUAAAAUCUCAUAACACAUGGAAUAGAUGUGGUUGGGUCUGUGCAUGGCUCAGUUUCUAAUAAGCAGAGAAUUUAAAUCAUAAGGAGCCGAUCAGUGGUUUUAUUUUAAUUGUAUUACAGUUUAAUUGUAUUGUUGUAUUACAACUAACAAACCAUCCCUUUCAAAUGGUGAAGAAUAUGGUUAAAUGUUGCGGCGUAUGAUGAUUCUGCUGCUGCUUUGUCCUGGUGUUUGUGUUUGUGCUGAUUUGUCUGAGGGGUUUUUGUGAACAUUAUUAUCUUUUAGUAGCCUUGGGCGAUUCCAGGAAUUGUAUCUCCUCAUGACUUGUUGAGAUUCUAGUCUGAGGUUUAGAUGUCAUGCCUGGUGCUGCAAUAAACAAUUAUCAUGGAAAACUUG